AUGAGGUUCACGCCGUUCUCCGGCCUGGCGGCCCAGAAGAGCCUCGCCGCGCCAUCCAUGCAGCCGGCAGCACGCAGCGGCCUGGUGCAUAAGUUCUGCGUAGAGGCUCGGGUGUUGACCCGCCGCGAGUCGGUGGACAAGCGGCACAAGCGCAUUCGCAGCAAGGUGGAGGGCACCACCGAGCGGCCGCGGCUGGCAGUGUUCCGGUCGAACAACCACAUCUAUGCGCAGGUGAUUGACGACAGCGCGGGCAACACGCUGGCGGCCACCUCCACGCUCAACCCCGAGAUCCGGCAGCAGCUCAACGGCGCGGGCGCCAACGUGGAGGCCGCCAAGCUGGUGGGGGCCAAGAUCGCGGAGCUGUGCAAGCAGAAGAACAUCGAAAAGGUCUGCUUUGACCGCGGCGGCUUCCGGUACCACGGCCGCGUGGAGGCGCUGGCGGAUGCGGCACGCGAGGCGGGGCUCAGCUUCUGA